AUGGCACACUGCGCAGCCAAAGUAAGAGAAGAAACGCCAACAACGGUAUACGUCAAUGAGCAAUCCUCCAGAAUUAAACUGCAGCAGUUAAGCUUACCUAUCUAUAGUAGAGAUCCAAAAGGAUGGAUGGAAUUUUGGGAACGUUCCUCGUCGGCGGUGGACGCAGUAAAUAUUCCAGCUACACAAAAAUUCACUUGUCUCUUGAGUUGUCUACAAGGAAGCACAUAUGCAGCGAUAGCCGGAAUGAGGAUUACAAGUGCAAAUUACGACAACGCAAUUCAAACGCUGAAAAGACGCUAUGGAGAUAAGAAACUGAUCAAGACUGCACUCUAUCAACAACUCAGUGGUAUACGUUGCGCAGGACCUCAAUUGAAGGAUCUUCGAGCGAUCGUAGACAUGAUUGAUAAGAUUUGUAACCAAUUGACUGCUUAUGGUGAGGAUGUCAACCACGCUAGUAUAGUAGCUCAAAUAGAGAAGAAGCUUCCACCGGGGACUUUUAUCAAAUUAGAAGAAGCAAAAUUAGUUAGUUUAGAAUGGAACGUUAACAUUAUGAGAGAAAAACUUCAUGAGUCGAUUAGAUUGAGAGAAAGAGCUUAUACUGUUAUGGAGUAUAGAUCUGGUAAAAGGGAUUGGAAUAUUCUUGAACUAAUUCAAAAGCCAAUUGUUCAAUCAGUUAAUUCUUCAUUUAACCAGUCUACUAAAAAAAAUAAUAAAAAUAUUAAAUUCCCAUGCGCUUUUUGUAGAGGGGAUCACUAUCAUGACGAAUGUUUCAAGUAUAAGACGACAUUAAGUAGGAAACGAAGAAUUAAUGAGGUAAAUCUUUGUUCACGUUGUCUUCGUUCCAAGCAUUUUGCUUCCAUUUGUAAAUAUACUCGUCCAUGCUUUUACUGUAGUGAGGAUCAUCAUAGAGCACUGUGUGAAAAGAAGGAUAAGGGUCUACGAAAGGAGGUAGAAAAGAUUUAG